CCCCCGUCGCCCACGCCGGAGCCGUCGGAGGCCGACUACGAGGCGGACGAGCUGUGUAAUCUUCUCAAAUCAAGGGUUGAAUCACCUGAAUUUCUAGAAAAGCUUGAUAACAUUCAGAAGUCAGUAUACCAACAUGGUGCAGAUGAAACCAUAUCAUGGGAUAUCGUCAGCGCAGCAGAUAUAUGGGAUGAUAAGAGUAUGAAUGUCAGUGAUGAUUCAGAGGAUGGAUAUGUUCUAGUUAAGCAAGAGGAUAUAGUUGAUGGGAUUGCAUGCUUCAUGGCUGCAUACCUGCUGUCGCUGAAAGAAACUAAGGAAUUGACGCCCAAUCAACUUCAAGAAGCCCUUAGCAAGACAUUUUCAACUAAAAAGAGGAAAGGCAAACUUCAGAAGGCAUGGGCUGGAACACAAGUUAUUUAUAAUGUAGCAUCAUGGAGUGCAACAGCUAUUGGUAUCUACCAGAAUCCGGCGAUUCUAAAAGCAGCAACUGCGGCCUUCUGGACGUCCUGCCGCGUGGUGUCCAAGUUCCUGUGAAUAAUCAUGAGACCCUGUACACAUUGUAUGAUAAUAUGGACUUCCCUGUACCUCCAUUGUGGGAAGCACUGUUGUCAAACCCUGGCACGAUGUGAUCAUCAUAGGUUACUUUCAACAGUUAGAUCACGCGUCAGCUCAGAGUGAAUAACGAGACUGGCUGAUCCUUAGUGUCUGUCUGAUCUAGCUGCUGAGUGUAGCUUUCCUGUGUGUUUUACUUAUAUCAUUCAUUUGUAUCCAACCUCCGACUGUGAUCUCCUCCUUGUAUAUAUCAGCUGUACAACUGAACUGAAACUUGGCGGUGCUCCGUCCAACUGUAAAUACACCGAUUCGUUUGAGUGA